AUGACUCUCAGGAAGGAUGAGCAUCUGCCAAUAAAGAUCGAAGCUGGCCUUCAGAAAAACUUUGUGCCAGUUGAAAUGGGUGAGGAUUUUGUGGGGAAGGGGGGGGAGGCAACUCUUCACAAGGUUACUGGAAACUCUUCGACAGCCCACAACCGGUUUCUCCUCCGACCCGCUGGGCGGUUUGAUCAAUAUCGGCUCUCAGGUGAUGAGGACACACGUUUUAUCACCCGUGUUGACUAUGUCGACGAUGGUCCCGCCGAUCAGGACUAUGAACCACCGGAAGAAGACAACGAAGAUGAGGAGAUGGCCUAUGAUUAUUCCAGGGAUCAAGGUGAAGAUGACUAUUCAACAGAAGAUGAAGAGGAUGAAGAGUUGUUAAACAAGGCGCGAAAUACAAGACUGAGACGUACACAUGGUUCGUCGAGAUACUAUCUGGAACAAAUCAUUGAUUUGUUGCGAACCUAUGGUCCUAUGAUAUGGCGAGCUGUAAAGUUCUUCGGUUAG